UAGUCCUAAUUUAAUUAGAAUUUUAUUAGGUUGAGAUGGUUUAGGUUUAGUUUCUUAUUGUUUAGUUAUUUAUUAUCAAAAUGUAAAAUCUUAUAGUGCUGGUAUAUUAACUGCACUUUCUAAUCGUAUUGGUGAUGUUGCUAUUUUAAUUUCUAUUGCAUGAAUGUUAAAUUUUGGUGGUUGAAAUUAUAUUUAUUAUUAUGAUUUUAUUUCUAAUUCUUUUGAAAUAAAGCUCAUUACUAUAUUAAAUGUUUUAGCAGCUAUAACUAAGAGAGCUCAGAUUCCUUUCUCUUCAUGACUUCCUGCUGCUAUAGCAGCUCCUACUCCUGUUUCUGCUUUAGUUCAUUCUUCUACUCUUGUUACUGCUGGUGUUUAUUUAUUAAUUCGUUUUAGACCAAUAUUGGAUACUUAUAAUUGUGGUUGAUUUUUACUUUUAAUUGGUUGUAUAACUAUAUUUAUGGCUGGAUUGGGCGCUAAUUUUGAGUUUGAUUUAAAGAAGAUUAUUGCUCUUUCUACUUUAAGACAACUUGGUUAUAUAAUAAGAAUUUUGGCUAUAGGUUAUCCAAAGCUUGCAUUUUUUCAUUUAUUGGCUCAUGCUUUAUUUAAGGCAUUAUUAUUUAUAUGUGCAGGUUCAAUAAUUCAUAAUUUGAAGGAUUCUCAGGAUAUUCGUUUUAUAGGAUCAAUUGUUAAUUUCAUACCUUUAACUUCAGUUUGUUUUAAUGUUUCUAGUUUAUCUUUGUGUGGAAUACCUUUUUUAGCGGGAUUUUAUUCAAAGGAUUUAAUUCUUGAGAUGGUUUGUUUAAGAUGAAUUAAUUGUUUAAUUUUUUUUCUUUAUUUUUUU